AUGUUGUCCCGAACCGCGUACUCCACGCCGGCCAUCCUCUCCACCGCCACGGCCUUACUCUCCCGCACUCCACGACCCUGCAUUGCAGCCAAAUGGCUUCGAUCGCGAGGCUUCACGAGCGCGCCGCCAGCCGAGCCCAUCCCUCUUCGAAAGCACCUCAAAGACGAAGCAAAGCGGCGCAAAGCAGAAGAGAAGAGCGGUAAAAAGAAGUCCUCGGUGGUAGAUACACGGCUAGAGAAGUGGGAGCUCACCGUCGGCAUUGAAGUACACGCCGAGCUGAACACUUCGCGAAAGCUCUUCUCAUCCGCUGCUGCGACGGCAGAGGAAAGCAAUGUCUUGCCUAAUUCGCGCGUCGCACUCUUCGAUGCCGCCAUGCCUGGAUCGCAACCGCAGUUUCAGCCGGCGACGCUGAUACCUGCGCUGCGAGCGGCGUUGGCGCUGGGAUGUACGAUUCAACGGACGAGUCGGUGGGAUAGAAAGCACUACUUCCACUGGGAUCAGCCCAAUGGAUACCAGAUUACGCAAUUCUACGAACCGUUUGCAAAGGAUGGAGUCUUGAGAGUGGGCGCGGACGAUGGGGUGCCGGCUGGUGAUCUGAACGGAGCGGACAGCCUGAAUAUUGGCAUCAAGCAGGUUCAGAUGGAGCAGGAUACGGCGAAGACAACGCAGGUUCCGCCGUCGACGUAUCACAUUGAUUUGAAUCGCGCGGGACACCCGUUGAUUGAGAUCAUUACAUUGCCGCACAUCCAUUCCCCGCAGACUGCUGCGGCAGUUGUACGCAAAAUCCAGGGCGUGCUGAAGAGCGUGGAUGCUUGUGUGACGGGCAUGGAGCUCGGAGGACUGCGCGCGGAUGUAAAUGUCUCUGUGCGACAGCGAGGGACACAUGGUACUUCUUCAUACAGCGGCGUCACGGGGCUGGGACAGAGGACAGAGAUCAAGAAUUUGUCUUCUUUCGCUGCGGUGGAGAAUGCGAUUGUUGCGGAGCGAGACCGGCAGAUAGCCGUGCUGGAAGCCGGCGGCGUCAUUGAGGGGGAGACGAGGGGAUGGACGCUUGGUGCGACGGAGACGACGCUGCUCAGAGGGAAGGAGGGCGAGGUGGACUACCGGUAUAUGCCCGAUGCUGACCUUCCGCCAUUGAUCAUCGGGUCCGAUCUGGUAAGGCAUUUGGAGGAGACUUUACCUGAGCUUCCCGACAAGACUACCGAGCGGGUGCAGGCUCAGUAUGGACUGAGCAAAAAGGACGCAAUGACCAUUGUCAGCUUGGAUGAUGGUGAAAGGCUGGAAUUUCUGGAGGAGGUUGUCGACUUGCUACGCGCACGAGUCGGAGCUCAAGGCGACGAGGCGUCUCAGCUCGGCCGGCUGGCUGGGAACUGGGUAAUCCACGAACUUGGAGGUCUACUCACAACAACGGACAUGGAGUGGCAAAACGUGGCGAUCACCGCGGCCGAACUCGCCGAUUUACUCUCCCACCUCCACACGAAGCAAAUCACCUCGCGCACUGCGAAACAGCUAUUGCGGACGAUUCAUGAGCUACCACCGACUGUCGAGAGACCGUCCGUGGAGCAGCUCAUCGACGAGGGCGGACUACGCCUACGGCCACUAUCGGAGGAAGGGUACGUGGCAUUGGCAGAGUCGGUAUUAUCGGAAUCUCCACAGGUCGUGGCUGCGGUGAAAGAGAAAGGGCAGAAGGGCAAGGUGAUGUGGCUUGUGGGGCAGAUGAUGAGGCUGGGAGAGGAGGGGACGGUAGAGCCGCAGAAGGCAAAGGAGGUGAUGCAGAAGCUGCUGGGCAUUUGA